CUAGCAAAAAUGGCUAUUAGUCCGUAUAUGCAUCAAUAGUUUAUAACGUGCCUCUCAGUGUUAUUAUAUAUAUAUAGAGAGAGAAAGUAUUAACCGGUUUGUAUGACGUUUUUGCAUUAUUGAAUUUUCUUAAGAAACCAAUGAAUAUUCGAGAAAUCUAUAAAUGUGUGUUAUACUGCAGAGCUAGAGAAAUAUAAACGCUGAAUUAUCCUUAGGUUAAGCAGUUCCAUCGAGAUUGCAUUUGUUAUGUGAUAUAUUAACAGAACCACUGCUUACAAGUGCUCUAAAGGUUUUAAGAUGGCAUUAUCCCGUAUCAGUAACUCCUAUUUAUCGACAAGUUUAUCACAGGUUUCGCAUACAGCAAAUACAUCGUUAGGCAAAAUACAGUGUAUCCGGUAUGCAGCCGUUCAUCAAAAUCGCAUGAAAAAUCUUCACUUUACAAGUGUCCGUCAGUAUCCCGAUACUCCUACUCUAUCGCUUCCUACAAACGUCUCCGAAAUAUUUGCUAAUGAGACCGGGCGAUUUACACCUGAAAGGGCACGAGACAUCGCUGCACCGGUACUGUUAUAUGGCAAGAGUGAUUGUAGAUCAUUUUUUUCGCAACAAUUAUCAAAACCAACAGAGCGUUCAAAUGGUUUGGAAAACUCCAGUGAUACACAUGUAGAUUCGUACGAUUGUUUUGGAGCAGUUAGUUUGAAUGGAUCGAUGCAAAGCAACGUCCCGAAACCAUUUUGCUCGAAUGGAAAAUCAACGCAUUUGAACAUGCCAGGCGGUCAAUGGGCUAGAGACGGAAAAUACAUCGCCGAGGAUAUGCAGAAAUCUCAUUAUCGAAGCAUUCGUUUACCUCAACUAAAACUGAAUAAAAUCAGUCUAACAAGCUGUGUCACAGAAAAUUCACUGUUUAAACCAAAAUACAUCUACAAUAUGGGAUAUUCGACGAAAGCAUCUCAACCGCCAAAUAAUUUAUUGAAUGAUAGAAAACAGCAGGUGGUUACACCUACUCCGCCUUUAUCCAGGAAAGAAAGAUUUAAAAUAGUAGCAAAGGAUUAUGGGAUUACUGUUGUCAUAUUUCAUGUAGCACUUUCUCUGGUAUCUCUCUGUGCUUGUUAUGUAGCCGUAGUUAGAGGUAUAGAUUUAAAACCUAUCAUUCACUUUAUAUUCAACGUAGAAGAUGAGCAAAUAAAUAAUGUCAUUGGUAAUACUUCAACUUUCUUGGUUGCGUAUGGUUUUCAUAAACUCAUGGCACCUAUUCGGUUUCCAAUAACGGCAGGUGUAACACCAUUUCUUAUAAAGCAUUUAAGAAGAAUAGGACUUCUUAAACCUCCAAAAAAUAUAGCAAAAAAAACACAGCAAUAAUAUUCAGUGAUUGAUUAUAAUAAUUAUUUGCUUGAUACUGUAUGAUUUGCACAUGUGUAUAUUUUGUAAUUAAAUAUUUAUAAACCAAAUUGAUUAAAUAAACUAACAUACACAUAUAAA